GAAUCAAUAACUUGUCCUUGAUAUAAAGCAAAAAAAUGUGUGCAUUAGCCCCUUCUCCAUUGUUCCCGAACUUCGGUUGGCCGUCGAAAUACGAAAGCUAUUACGGUGCCGGAGAUAACCUCACUAACGGUCCAUUUCUUGAUUUUCCGGUACCUCAGACUUAUGGAGUAACUCAUCAUCAGAACAGCCUGGGAGUAUCUGUUUCAUCAGAGGGAAAUGAGAUAGACAACAAUCCGAUCGUGGUCAAGAAGCUAAAUCACAAUGCUAGUGAACGUGACCGUCGCAAGAAGAUCAACUCUUUGUUCUCAUCUCUCCGUUCAUGUCUUCCGGCCUCAGAUCAAUCGAAGAAGCCAAGUAUCCCUGAAACGGUUUCGAGGAGCUUGAAGUACAUACCAGAGCUGCAACGACAAGUAAAGAAGCUUAUACAAAAGAAGGAAGAACUUUUGGUACGAGUAUCAGGUCAAAGAGACUUUGAGCAAUACAAUAAGCAGCAACCAAAGGCGGUCGCGAGUUAUCUCUCAACGGUUUCCGCGGCUAGGCUUGAAGAAAAUGAAGUGAUGGUCCAAAUCUCAUCGUCCAAGACUCAUAACUUUUCGAUAUCUAAUGUUGUGAGUGGUUUAGAAGAAGAUGGGUUUGUUCUUGUGGAUAUUUCAUCUUCAAGAUCUCAAGGAGAAAGGCUCUUCUAUACUUUGCAUCUUCAAGUAGAGAAGGUGGAUGAUUAUCACAAGAUCAAUUGCGAGGAGUUAAGCGAAAGGAUGUUGUACUUGUACGAGAAAUAUGAAAACUCGCUAGACUCUUCGCAAUUGGUGUAAAACAACCAAAAACAAUUCAUGUGGUGUAUUUUUUAUCCAUUUGUUC